GCCAAAGAAAAAGAACAAUCUAGAUUUAUAAAGAGUCUAAUUAUAUUAUCUGUUAAAUAGCCCUUUUGCAUUACUAGGAUCUAGAUCUAUGGGCUACCGUAUCUUGCCCCUAGCUUUUACUAUUUUUUAAUUAGAAAGGAAAGAUUGCUUAAAAAGCAAAAAAUGGCAUUGGGAAGAAGGGGUUGUGAUAUAUUAUCAGAACGAUAAUAAACAUGGCGAUCAAAAUGGAAGGACCUCUUAGUAAAUGGACUAAUGUUAUGAAAGGCUGGCAAUAUCGCUGGUUUGUUUUGGAUGAUUCAUCAGGCAUUUUGUCAUAUUAUACAUCUAAAGAAAAAAUGGUUAAGGGUUCCAGACGUGGAUGUGUCCGUUUAAAGGGAGCUAUUAUUGGAAUUGAUGAUGAGGAUGACAGUACAUUUACAAUUACAGUUGAUCACAAAACCUUUCAUUUCCAAGCAAGAGAUGAAGAUGAGCGUGAAAGAUGGAUUGAAGCCUUGGAAAGUGCCAUAUGUCACAUUAGUGGACAGAGGACUGCUGAUGGCCAGCCUUCAAGUACUUUAGAGGAUUUUGAAAAGAAAUUAAUGGAAACUGAUGCUUAUUUGCAGCUUCUGAUUGAACAAAAUGAGGCCUUGGAAAAGAAAAUAUUAGAAUGUCCUAAUGAAUCUGACAAGGAACGUUAUAAUGUCAUUAAAGUUACGGCUGAUGCAAUGAUUGAAGCUAUCAAGCAUUCCAUAGUUCAACUUCAGAUAGCAAAGGAAAAUCUCAAAGAGCCUGUUGUUAAUGGGGCACUCCAUGAUCCUCCUUUGAUAACUGAUGAUGCUAAUUAUGGACAUUAUUCACCUACUCCUAGACAAGUGAUGCCCUCUUUGUCAUCGGAGAAUGUGAGUCAGGCCUGCAAAACUGCUCACCCACAGUUAUCUGCACAGACCAGCAUUUCUCUACCCAAUCUUGCUUGUACUGGCAACCUCAAUAACCAGUGUGGGUUGUUUUAUAAGGCAUCGCCACAAACAACUAGAAAUGAUACGCUUACUGUAACAGUGGGAGAGUCUAUCCCAGUAACAUCCUAUUCAUCUAGUGAAGACGAGGAGUUCUAUGAUGCCGAAGAACAAAAAUCACCCAAAAAACCAGAUCCUCAAGCUAGGUACUCAUCUUGUGUUGACCCUGAAAGUCUUGUGCAAGUUCCAGUUAUAUCUGCUGCAGAAGAUUAUUUUGAUGAACUUUAUGAUACCAGGGAUAAUGAAGACUUAGGAUCUAUGGAGCAGCAUGGCAGCAUUAUUGGCCACUUACUCUCUCAAGUAAGAAUUGGAAUGGAUCUCACCAAGGUUGUCCUUCCCACCUUUAUCUUAGAGAGGAGAUCACUGCUGGAAAUGUUUGCUGACUUUUUUGCUCAUCCUGAUGCAUUUAGCAAGAUAGCCGAUUUAACCAACCCUAAGGACAGGAUGGUACAAGUAGUUCAGUGGUAUAUGGGAGCUUUUCAUGCUGGCAGACCUAGCGAAAUAGCCAAGAAACCUUACAACCCAAUUCUGGGAGAAACUUUUAAAUGCCACUGGCAUGUCCCAGAUAUUGUUGAUGAAAAGGAUCCCGCUUCGGAUGGUCCUAUUCCUUGGGCAUCUAAAGACAAUUUGGUUUUUAUUGCUGAACAAGUCUCACAUCACCCACCCAUCUCAGCAUUCUACUGUGAAAACUACAACAAACGUAUCUCACUUGACGGCUACAUAUGGACCAAGUCCAAGUUUUUGGGUCUCUCCAUUGGUGUUCACAUGAUAGGAGAAUGUGUUCUGUCUGUGAUAGACUAUGAUGAAGAUUAUACUUUAUCAUUUCCCAGUGCCUACGGAAGAUCUAUUUUGACUGUUCCAUGGGUUGAACUGGGUGGUAAAAUCAAUAUCAAUUGUGCCAAGACUGGAUUCUCAGCUUUAGUUGAAUUUCAUACCAAGCCAUUUUAUGGGAGUAAAAAACACAAAGUCACUGCCCAAAUAUUUGAACCAAAUGAGAAAAAACCUUUUGUUAAUAUUGAAGGGGAAUGGAAUGAUGUCAUGUAUGCAAAGUGGGCUUCAGGGAAAAACGAGUCAUUCGUUGACACCAAGUCUUUGCCUAUAAUUAAAAAGAUAGUUAGACCACGUGAACAACAAGAAGAACUAGAAUCUAGAAAACUGUGGAGCAAUGUGACUUUUUACCUGAAAGAGAAGCGUGUUGAUGAAGCCACUGAUGAAAAACACAAGUUAGAACAGAGACAGAGGGAUGAGGCUAAGGAAAGAAAAGAUCUAGGCAAGAAAUGGGAGACUCAGUACUUCCAUGAGGUAGGAGAACAUUGGGUUUAUCGCAACCCUCUAAUUAGACGACUCAAGAGUAAGCCAACCCAAACAUCACAAGCCAAGUCUGCUAGAUAAGUCUCCCAAGAAAUUUGCUGGACUGUGCCAAACAUUGAACUGUCUGCUCUACUUCCCCUGGUCUGUCUUGGCUUCUAUGGCCAGUACUCUCAUGUCAGCCAAAGCAUCAACUCCAACUAACUUAUUCCAUUUCAUCAAUUGCUCAUGGACAUUUUUGUGUAUGUUGACCAGGAUAUUUUUGUGUAUACUAAUUAAAAGAAGGGUGUGGUGUUAUAAAUCCCUUAUGUUAGUGUAUACUAUACCAGCUUGAUAUACGAGUCAAGUGAAUCACUCACAGUCACUGGGAAUAAGUGAAAUUUUGGUCAUGCUGCCUAGAUUUGCGUUGAAGUUAUACAGCAUUAGGGAUAUUUUCAAUUAGCGCAAAUUUAGUUUAUAAACAGAUUUUAUAGAUAACAGGAUAUAUUUUGUGAUUUUCUCUAUAUUAAAUUCAGGAAUAUUAAACUUGCACAUUAUAUUAUAAACAGAAAUAAUUGAAUUUUAGAUUUGAAUAAUUCACUUCACUUCGUACUGCUACAUUCAUUCAAAGCUUUUCAUAUCAUAUUGAGGUCUGGUCAUAUCUGCUUUUUGUCCUCAAUCCUUAUGUGAUUGUUUGAGACUUCACCUUUCUUUUUCCCCUGGAGCUCACUGUUUUAGCAAUGGUUCAAUUCUUGUCUUGAUCAUAGACAGUUCACAGGUGGAUUCACAUUUUCAAUUCUUCACAUUAUGAUUUACAAUUUAAAUACAAUAUUAAUUAUAUUUGUGUUGUCAAGCAUCUAUCAUUGACUACAAUGUUGACAAUAUUCAGGCUACGUUUUCUUAAAAAAAGUAAAAAAGAUAUGAGACAUUCUAAAUGUAUUCUUUUUUUUCAUACUUCGUGUCUGUAGCAUAAAUUGACAUGUAAAAGACUGUCAGAGAACAAAAUACCUAAUUCUGAACACAGUCAAAAGCUGUGUGUGAGAAGCUGUGUUAGAUUGGUGGGAAGACAUUUUAAAUAUUCUAAAAACAAUAACCAGCAUUUUUCAAAGUUUAUUAUGAGGUUAUUAGAAGAAGAACAAUUAUCUCCACAAGUACUUGAUUCAUAGAACUUACAUUUACAUACAAUUUAGAGCUUAAUACUGUGUUUUGAAAUAAAAUAUUAUUUUUAUUAUGUUUCUAGAAUGUUGAUAAGAGAUUUCUAUAAUUUUUCAGUUUCUCUUUCAUACACUUACUUUCAUAAGUCAAACUAUUGGAAAGCCUAUCUAGUUGUUCACAGCAGGUUUACAGUAGUUAGAUAGCCAACUCAUGAGGCACAUAUCUUGAACCGAUAAACUACAGUAUUUUGUCAGUAUUAUUCUGCCACCCCCAGUUUGACUUCAUUAUAUAUCAGUCUGUGAUGGGCAUAAGUUACCUGAACUGUCAGUCUUUUCCUUAGUCUUCCAUUGAAUUAGCCUCCCUUGUAGCUGUAAUCAUAAACAUUAAUGUAAUUGUUUUCUUUGUUAUUCAGUCUCAAGGUAUACUAAUACUAAUGAAUAUGCAUUUCACUAAUGUUGAACACAAAUGAUUAAAAUCUGGUUUCAAAACUUGGGGCUGGCACCUUAAAAUUGGGACAUGUUACAAAAGGUAUUGUGUAUUUCUGAUUUAAUUUGUUGAAAAUUUGUCAUUUCAUUCUCAUGGAUUGUCGACACAUAAUAUUUUAACAAAGAAAAAAAAAGCAAUAUUGUAUUUAUUUUGAGCCAUCUAAACUUGUCUUUGUGAUAUUAUGUAUAUAUGUAUUAUUCCAGAGUGAUUAGCCCCUCAUGUUUUUUGCCAUUUUAGAAAUGCUUUUUGCUCACAAUUGGAAGAGGGCUGGGCUGUAGGCAGGGGGAAGAUUCUCAUUUAAAGAAAAAAAACAAUCCUAGUCAAAAAUUUGCAUUUUCAUACAUAAAUUUAUGGCGAUGCACACAUAACUUUGCUGCUUACUUGACAAAAUUAGGGACUUUUCUGAUGAAAUAUUGUGUAGAGUAAACGGUAAGUUUUAGUCUGUUACACACAAUUUUUUAUAGUGAAGUUUUACAAGAUUUUUUCAUGUUAAAAACACUUUAUAAAAGAUUUUAAUCAGAUAUUAAUUUUUUUGAACCAGAUUUUGUUAUACUUGAAACUUUGAUUAAUUUUCCCCAUGUUACUAGGUUGAAGCAACAUGUAUAUAUUUUGUAAAAUAAAUGUCUUACAAAAUAAUUUUCCUUGAUCCAUAUUGUUAAAAGUUAAUAUCAGCUAGAUCAUAGCCUAGUGAGUAGUCUAGUGAAGUAUUCGGCUACGUUUCCAUUUUUUUAAAGUUACAAAGUAUGUAACAUUCACUUUAAAGGCUAACAAUUUUCAUGUUUCAAGGCAUAUAAUUAUAUCACACUAGCCCUAUUUCCUUCCCCUUUAGUUAAUUUCAGGGUUUAAUUUUUAAAAAGGUGAUUAUGUUGUCAAAGUAUUCCAUGAGUUAUCUCUCUACACAUUCCAGUCAUAAAACACACUAAACUGCAUCAUGCAUGGUAGAUUUAUCACAUCACAAAACUUCAAUGAUUUCAAAUUUUAGAACACACAACUUUUUUUUUCUGUAUGCUAAUGUUAAUAAAUAAACUAAUGUAGUUAAAAAAU